UUUUCACGCGAAGAGACACACCACUUCUCAGAAUUAGAAAUCAGAAUCAGAAGAAGAAAGCCAAGAUCAUAUCAUCAUAAUCAUCGCAUAGGAAGAAGAAUCCUUCGUUCUCUUUCUCUGUGAAACUCGAUGUCCUGAAGUUUGACUGUAAUUUGAAGUCUCUGCCCCUCUCUCUCUCUCUCUCUCUCUCUCUCUCUCUGUGGUUUUGUAUGCUUCAAUGGAAAUUCGUGACGGAGAGAGGAUGACGGCCGCCGAUGCGGCUUUGAAUGGAUUCUCCCCUGUUACUUCCACAAGGAUUGGCUGGAAAUCUCGAAGGAGAUCAGCUAGCGGGAAGAAUUUAGAGGUAUCAAACGAUACUGCAAGUGCUAAUAAACCACCAAGCAAACAGGAAGAACCUCCUCCUGCUGAGGAGAUGAUGCAGGACUCAACUGCAGUUCCUUUUCCUGAGCUUUCUGAGCGUCGAAAGGCAUUAUUUGAACCAUUAGAACCUAUAAAGAACAUUAAUGGCCGACGGCCAUCGGCUGAAUCUUUACUUCCUCCCCCUGACUUUGAAUCUGCAAACUAUCCAAAGGGAUGGCUGAUUGGGAAGAAGCGAAAGCUUGUCAAUGUUGACGUUGUAGAAAGCAUGCGUAGGAUCGCCAUCCAAGAAAUGAACAGAAAGGACCGGGAAAUUGACGGGUUGAACGAGCAAUUGGAGGAGGAUGCAAGAUGUUUGGAGCAUCUGCAAGUCCAGCUACUGGAAGAGAAGAGCAAACGUGCUCGAAUUGAGAGGGAAAAUGCCAUGCUCCAAGAACAAGUUAACAUGCUCAUGAACAUGAUACAAGAAAAUGAGCAAAUGGCCGACGAGGAACCAGGCCAUGACGAAUCAUAAAUAGUGUAUUAGUAUUUGCAGUAUUGUCAUUAUGCUCCAUGGGUCCGUCUGUUUAUUAAUUCUUUUUCUCAAGUAAGCUUUGGUGGGGUGUGCUUACGUUUUGCUGCCAUAUUUGAGUUAGCGGAGUGCGUGUAUUUAUACUCUCUUCAGGUUCGAAAAGGUAUCAAAUCAAAUUGAAUCGAACUGAACGUAUUAUUUGUUUAUCGAAGGAAGAAUAAUGUAAAUCUCUCAUGGUCUGUGCUGUAUUGGGGUAAAUUAUUAGUAUCAUUCUUCUCUCAAGCUAUGGGAGAAUACUAUUCUACAUCACAGCUUUCUUCCUCUUGUUGUAUUGACUUUAACCAUAUGGAUGGGUUUAUCAUUAAGAUUGUCUAGUUGUUA